GUCACCACUCUCGCAUGCUCGCCGCGGCGGCACCUGCUCAAGUCAGCCCGCCGAGCUAGCUGCCUCCGUGCCGGUUACGAAACCUCCCCCGUCCAGAUGAGGAUACAAGAAGGUAUCUGAGUCAUCCACCGGUUGCCCGUGGCUGCCUCUGCCUUGUCGGCCGCCGCCUCCUCUCCCUUUCCAUUUGGGCCUUCGGCGGUUUCCUUCCUUAAUUAAGCCAGAGCCGCCGCCACCGUCCCCUAAACCCCCGUGCGCCCCCCCUGAGUCCGCCGACGAGACCCACCCCGACGACCAUGGCCUCCGCCGCUAAACCCUUCUGCUCCACCUCCCAAACCCCCACCCCCAUCGCCAACCGCUUCCCAUCCCAAUCCCCAUCCCUCUCCUCCCGCGCCGCCCCCCGCUUCGCCCAUGGCCUCUCCGCCGCCGCCGUCAGGGCGAGCCCCGGCGCCCGCCGCCGCCUCGGCGCGCUGGCCCGCCCCAUCCGGGCGUCGUCUCAGCAGCAGCAGCAGCCGCCGCGGCGGCCCGAGUACGUCCCCGGCCGCAUCGACGAUCCCAACUACGUCCGCAUCUUCGACACCACUCUCCGCGACGGGGAGCAGUCCCCGGGCGCCACCAUGACCAGCGCCGAAAAGCUCGUCGUCGCGCGCCAGCUCGCCCGCCUCGGCGUCGACAUCAUCGAGGCCGGCUUCCCGGCCUCAUCCCCCGACGACCUCGACGCCGUGCGCUCCAUCGCCAUCGAGGUCGGCAACACCCCCGUCGGGGAGGAUGGGCACGUGCCCGUCAUCUGCGGCCUCUCGCGGUGCAAUAGGAAGGACAUUGACGCCGCCUGGGAGGCCGUCAGGCACGCGCGGCGCCCGAGGAUACACACGUUCAUUGCCACCAGCGAGAUCCAUAUGCAGCACAAGCUCAGGAAGACGCCCGAGCAGGUGGUGGCCAUUGCCAGGGAGAUGGUGGCGUACGCCCGCAGCCUGGGAUGCCCUGAUGUCGAAUUCAGCCCCGAGGAUGCCGGAAGGUCAAAUAGAGAGUUUCUGUAUCAUAUACUAGAGGAAGUCAUAAAAGCUGGAGCUACAACUCUCAACAUCCCGGACACUGUUGGAUACACUCUUCCUUAUGAAUUUGGGAACUUGAUUGCUGACAUAAAGGCAAACACUCCUGGGAUUGAAAAUGCUAUCAUUUCCACUCAUUGCCAGAAUGACCUUGGUCUUGCGACUGCCAACACAUUAGCAGGUGCUCGUGCAGGAGCGCGUCAGUUAGAGGUGACUAUUAAUGGUAUUGGUGAAAGAGCCGGAAAUGCAUCUUUGGAGGAGGUUGUCAUGGCAAUUAAGUGUCGUGGGGAACUCUUAAAUGGCCUGUAUACUGGAAUCAAUUCCCAACAUAUUACUUUGACGAGCAAAAUGGUACAAGAGCACAGUGGACUUCACGUACAACCACACAAAGCUAUUGUUGGUGCCAAUGCCUUUGCUCAUGAAAGUGGAAUCCAUCAGGAUGGGAUGCUUAAAUAUAAAGGAACUUAUGAAAUAAUAUCACCUGACGAUAUUGGUUUAACUCGUGCAAAUGAAUUUGGAAUUGUUCUUGGGAAACUCAGUGGAAGGCAUGCUGUGAGAUCUAAGCUAGUGGAGCUUGGAUAUGAAAUCAGUGACAAGGAAUUUGAGGACUUCUUUAAACGCUACAAAGAGGUUGCGGAGAAGAAAAAGCGUGUAACUGAUGAAGACAUAGAAGCAUUAUUGUCAGAUCAGAUAUUCCAGCCUAAGGUUAUUUGGUCCCUUGCUGAUGUACAGGCAACAUGUGGAACACUUGGUUUAUCUACAGCAACUGUGAAACUGAUAGCACCAGAUGGAGAGGAGAAAAUAGCAUGUUGUGUGGGAACAGGCCCAGUCGAUGCAGCUUAUAAGGCUGUUGACGAAAUAAUCCAGAUUCCAACUGUUCUCCGAGAAUAUGGUAUGACUUCAGUCACAGAAGGCAUUGACGCAAUUGCAACCACUCGAGUGAUUAUCACUGGAGAUUUGAGCAACAACUCCAAGCAUGCCUUGACUGGUCACUCUUUCAAUCGCUCCUUCAGUGGGAGUGGGGCAUCAAUGGACGUUGUUGUGUCCAGCGUCAGAGCCUACCUGAGUGCCCUGAACAAGAUGUGCAGUUUUGCUGGUGUUGUAAAAGCCAGCAGCGAAGUACCUGAGAGCACAAGUGUUUAAAGUGAGCUCGGCGUUCCCUUUGGUUCUCAUAUGGGCUGAGCAUGUAAGAGCUCUGGACCAACUCCGGGCGACAUUUCGUUUCAGUAUAGGCUGGGUUGAUAUUGGGUUUUUCCCUUCGUCAGCGUGAAGAUUGUGCCGUUCGUUUUGGAGGAUCGUCUGGUUAGGACAGUCAUGAAGCUUUUGGCCUAUGCAGUGUACAAUUUGUAUGUUAUAGACCAUACUUUCAAUAAGGAAAUGAUAGGGUCUAUGUAGCCAUCUGUUGGAUGAUUUCGCAACCCCAAAUCUGUCGUCUUUUCUGAUAAUUGGGAAUACCAUGGACCGGAUUUACCUCCUUUUUCCUUCUGCCCCUUUUGAGUAUUCCACCCUAGCAGUAAAACAACCUUAGUUCA